UAACAAUGUUAUGAGUAAUUCUUGAAAGAUAAUGCAAGCGCCUAGAACACAAUGGCAGGACUAGAAUUAGGGGCAAGGGUAAUUCGAGGAUUGGACUGGCAAUGGGGGGACCAGGACGGCGGGGUAGGACAUGUUGGAACAAUUGUCCUACUUGGACACUCCGGACUUCCAGGCUGUCUUCCUGGAACUGUAAUGGUUCUUUGGGAUAACGGAGUUCUUCAAAACUACAGAGCAGGUUAUACAAACGCGUAUGAUUUACGUGUUCUUGAUAAUUCUCCGAGUGGAGUAUUCCAUGAUACUGUGAGGUGUGACGGGUGCGGUAGUUGCGGAAUAUUUGGAUUUAGAUGGAGCUGUAGACAAUGCAAUGACGUAGAUCUAUGCUCUAAAUGUUAUCACACUAAGUUCCACGAUGUAAACCAUGAAUUUGUCCGUAAACUACAUCCUCGAGAUCAUGGAGUUCGAGUUCCCUGCAGGCUUUCCUCAACACAAACUGAAGUAUUUGGAACAUUUCGAGGAGCUGUAGUUGUUCGAGGGAGGGACUGGGAGUGGAGGGAUCAGGACGGAGGAGUAGGAACACAAGGUUGGGUUAAGGAGAUCACGAACUGGAACGAUCAGACUGGAAAUAGUGUGGCGUGUGUGAUCUGGCCAGGUAGUAAGGAGAACCUGUACAGGUUGGGACACAAGAACAAGGUUGAUUUAAAGUGUGUUUCUCCAGCUAGUGGAGGUAAGGUUUAUGCGUCUCAUCUACCUAUUCUAGGGAAACCUGUAGACUCUAGUAGAGUAUUCCUGAUCGGGCAAACUGUCGAGGUUUCGGUCCAGAACAUUGAAACCUUGAAAACCAUGCAAAUUGGACAUGGAGAAUUCCGAGAGGAGAUGGCUCGGAUCAUCGGGAAGAGAGGGAAGGUGCACAGGAUUACGGAGAAAGGAGACGUACGGGUUCAGUUUUCGGGAGAACCUGCCAAAGAUCAUAGAUGGACGUUGAAUCCUUUGGCUUUAAAAGUGAUCCAAGGGUUUAGUUUGGGAGACAAGGUUACAAUUACUAAUGAUAAGUCUCUGAUUGAGAAAUAUCAUCAGAACCAUGCUGCUUUAGACGGGUUCUCAGGGUGCACUGGAACAAUAACUCAUGUUCACUCCGACACUAGCCUUGUUGUAGAUUUCGGAGCAGGGAAGGUUGGAGCAGUUCACUCCGCUAUCCUGGUUCAACCUAAACAGCAGGAUGAAUGCUUUAACAUCAACACCAGCUUUAUCCGUAGCUCCGGAGCCGGGAACUUGAACGAGGUUGACCGAAUUCUUCUUGGUUCUUCUGCGCCAGAUUCACAGUUUGUCAUACUUCCGGACAAUGAAGCAAUUCUGACAGGUUUACAUAAGGCCGCUGGGAAGGGUUAUCUCAGUAUUGUAUCUUCUAUACUAAAAUUCCGUCCCGUCCUAGUCAAUCAGAAGUUACAGGAUAAAACUGUUCUCAUGGUCGCAGCUUAUGAAGGUCACGUGAAUGUGAUUGAUUGGUUGGUAUUGAAUGGUGGAGAUGCAGGUAUAUCAGAUACUGCUGGAGAUAUUCCUCUUCAUUAUGCAGCAAUAGCAGCCAAACCUCUAGCUAUACUUACACUUGUUGAUAAAGGGGUUCCCCCUAACUCCCAAAACCUGGAGAAGAGAACCGCACUCCAUCUCUCGGUGAUAAACAGAAAUAUAGAAACCGUCAGAGCUCUACUUAAAGUGGGAGCUUCAGUCAACAUUCAAGAUAGGAACGGGGAAACACCGUUACAUAUAAGCAUCAACUCAGGUUGUGAGGAUAUCUCCGAGGUGUUGGUUGGGCAGGCUGAUCUUCUCCUGUGUGAUCGACGAGGUUGGAACCCUCUCCAUACUGCAGUUCACCUGGGGAACGCAGGGUUGGUUCGGAUGCUUCUCCGGGAAGACCGUAGAGUAGUGAAUAUAGUUACAACUGAUGGUCUUGCUCCCCUACAUAUAGCUGCAAGAGGAAAUAUUGGUGUUGUAAAAAGUUUGCUGGAUAUACCAGAGUGUGAUGUAAAUAUCCAGGAUGGUCGUGGAAGAUCUAUUCUCCAUUAUGUUGCCCUUAAUUCAAACCUUCCUCUUCUUACUAUUCUUUUACAACACAGAGUUCAAGUUGACCUGCAAGACUUGGACGGGAACACAUCUGCUCACCUGGCCGUCUCGGGUACAGCUGAGCCUGUUGAAAACCCCUACUCAAAUGAGCUCUCGGAUAUAUUUGAACCGGCACAUUUAGACAGACUCUCAUACCUGGAACUUAGUCCUGGACAGAUUUUAAAGGUCGGAGUACUCUUGACGAUUCUUAAGCACGGAGAUAGAGAUGUUCGAAACAAGUGCGGAGAAACUCCGACAGAUCUUAUAGAGAACCCAGAGCUGAGACGAUUCAUCGAUGAAUAUCUUGUCCGUCCCGAACCUACAGGAGCCGAGCACGACUACGCUGAGAUCGUUGAUAAUACUCCUCGUCCUAUCGGAGAAGUUGAACCCGCCAGUUUUGUAGAAGAAUGCAGGGUUUGCUCUGAACCAAACAGUCUCAUCACAUUCCAUCCUUGUCAGCACAGGAUAGUCUGCCAGGAUUGCUCUCUCAGAAAUUCGCAAAGUGAGGGAAAGGAGGCCCGACGUCUCCGUUCCCUGGAGCAGAAGGUUGAGGAACUGGAGGAACAGUUCCUGUGCGGGAUCUGCAUGGAACGACGGAGGAAUGUUGCGUUCCUGUGCGGACAUGGAGCAUGCACACUUUGUACUCAGGGAUUGGUGAACUGUCACAUGUGCAGAACAAAAAUAGAACGAAAGAUUCCGCUUUAUUGAUUCAUUGAUUCAUUGAUUCAUUGAUUCACUGAUUUUAGAAUCAUUCCGAAGUAUAUCCAUCCAGCAUGGCAUUGAUUUUUGAGAGUACUAUUCCAGUUUUCAACAAAUAAUUAUGAAUAUAUUCAAACAUCCACGAAAAGUACUAUUAACAUUGAUUUUGCUUUCUUACAUUUAUAUAAUUUAGUCAUAAACCAAGUUGUAAUUGUUAUCUGAUUCGUAUUAGCUGUAAAUAAAAAAAUAUUUCAAUA